AUGGGGCCUUCUGACUGCCUGGCUUUGGGCUUCCGGCCACGCCAAAGACUGGAGCAGUUGUCGGCAGUGGAAGGAGGCCCGGGAUGGAAUGCCGGAGAGGCGCCACCGGAUCAGGGUUUCGCCGGCUUCGACCACAUCGCUUUCACCGAUGCGGUUGCCAGCUGUCCACCCGCCGCCAUCACGGCUCUGGCCUUCCAGCUCGUGUCAGAUGUCCAAGAUGGGAGCGUCAGCGAAGAGGGGCUGCUUCAUCUGGAGGAGCUUCUGAGGCAUGCUCUCGAACAAGGCAUCACGUCGAUGGUCUGCUCAGGCUUCCCCAUCUUCGGUGCUCUGGACUGGCUCGCGGAUGUCAUCGCGGGCUCGGGCUCAGACGGCUUAGAUGGCUUGUCCGACAGGGGCUCCGAGCGGGGGUGUGUUGGGGUCCAUGCAGACCGAUUCCGUGCAGUGCUGCACCACCACACGGCAGAGGCGACGGGGCAAAGGCGGGGAAUGCGAGUUAGCGCCUUGCAAGCAGUUGUCAAGAUCUAUUAG